AUGCGGUCCGCUCUGAGAAUGCGCUCGGCGCUGCUCGGCGCCGCCCGCAUGCAGCGAACGAUGCCAAUGGGCCGCUUCUACAGCCAGGCUUCGCAGCUUCCCGGCCUCGAUGCCUCGAAGCUCAGCAUCACCAAGACGCAGAAGCCCAAGGCUCUGCAAAAGCCCGAGGAGCUUGUGUUUGGCAAGGAGUUCACAGACCACAUGCUCGCCAUUGAAUGGAACCAGGAGCAAGGAUGGCUGGAGCCCAAGAUCAUGCCGUACCAGAACCUCUCCCUCGACCCCGCCACGUGCGUCCUUCACUAUGCCUUUGAGUGCUUCGAGGGCAUGAAGGCCUACAAGGACAAGAACGGCCGCGUCCGCCUCUUCCGCCCUAAGAAGAACAUGGAGCGCUUCAACAAGUCCUCAGCCCGCAUCGCCCUACCUACCUUUGACUCGGAGAGCCUGAUUGAGCUCAUCUCCAAGUUUGCGCAGCUCGAGUCACGCUUCAUCCCCGACCAGCGCGGCUACUCGCUCUACCUCCGCCCGACCAUGAUUGGCACCCAAAAGACGCUCGGCGUCGGCACGCCCGGCUCUGCCCUCCUCUUCGUCAUUGCCUCUCCUGUCGGCCCCUACUACCCCACCGGCUUCAAGGCCGUGUCCCUCGAGGCCACCGACUACGCCGUUCGCGCCUGGCCCGGCGGCGUCGGCGACAAGAAGCUCGGCGCCAACUACGCGCCUUGCAUCGUGCCCCAGCAGGAGGCCGCCAGCCGCGGCUUCCAGCAGAACCUGUGGUUGUUUGGCGAGGAGGAGUACGUCACUGAGGUUGGCACCAUGAACAUGUUUGUCGCCAUCAAGGACAAGGCCACCGGCCAGAACGAGCUCAUCACCGCGCCGCUCGACGGCACUAUCCUCGAGGGUGUCACUCGCGACUCGAUCCUCGGCCUUGCCAGAGAGCACCUGGCACCCGCCGGCUGGAAGAUCAGCGAGCGCAAGUACACCAUGCAGGAGCUGUACGAUGCUGACCAGGACGGUCGCCUUCUCGAGGCCUUUGGUGCUGGCACCGCUGCCAUUGUCAGCCCCGUCCGCAAGAUUUCCUGGAAGGGAAAGAUGGUCAACUGUGGCCUCAAGGAGACGGAGGAGUCGGGUGAAAUUGCUCUCAAGAUGAAGGACUGGAUCGAGAAGAUUCAGUAUGGUGACUUGGAGCACGAGUGGAGCUACGUUACUCCCCAGUAA